AUGUCCAAUAAUAUUGCAAGUUCUAUAGAUCAAUCCCUCCAAAAACUUGUAGAGGAGGUCAUAACCAACGACCCUUCAUGGAACUUUGUUAGUUCCGUAUACAAAACCAAGAUUGCUGGCAUGUCACGUAAUGUCACGACAACAUGGUCAAAGAAUCUCAUCACCGUUUCCCUCCAAAUCACCAUAGAAAGCCUCUCAAAAGAUGAAGAUCCUUACGUAUGUAGGAUUGAUGUGAAUACAUGGCAAUUUUGGGGCAAAAAAGGUUUGAAAUCCUUCAAAGUUGAUGAAGAACGUGUAGACGUUUAUUGGAACCUAAGAGAUGCCAACUUCUCGACUAGCCCCGAGCCUUGCUCGGAUUAUCACGUGGCAUUAGUAUAUGAUGAAGACAUGGUUUUGUUACUUGGAGAUCAAGAAGAAGAAGCUUGUAGGAGAAGCAAGUCAACGACAUGUUUGGAAAAACCAUUAUUAGUUCUCAAAGAAGAGAACAUUUUUGGUAAGAAUCUUUUUACUUCAAAAACGGUGUUGGGAAAAGAAGGAAAUGAGCACCACAUAGUCAUUGAAACGGCUAUAUCAUGUGAGAAUAAUGAAGAACCUGAAAUGUGGAUUGGUGUAGAUGUUGCUUCGAUCCGAAUUGACAAUUUGCAUUGGAGAUUUCGUGGGUACGAGGACUUUUUGGUGGAUGGUAUGCCGGUACAAGUGUUAUGGGAUGUGCAUGAUUGGUUGUACAUGAGGUCAAAUUCAGGGUCGGGUGGUAUAUUUAUUUUUAGACAAAACACGAAUGGGCUUCAACCCACUAGUCUUUCAUGUAGUAAUGAAAAAACAAAGGAAGAUGAUGAUUGUGCUGCUGAAUUUUGUCAUUUUCUGCAUGUUUGGAAAAUUGAUUGA